GUCAUGUGACCAUGCUAACGGUGGUCAUGUGACUUGAUGGUUUUGUUUUGCCUCUGUUGAGAGCAAUCUGUAUUUUUCAUUUUAAAGUCAUCUUGUGGUUACCUCAAAGAUCAAGGACGCUAAACUGGUCACUUGCCACUUUUUUUGCUGUACAUUGUCUCCACCAAUGUAUGUUGCUGCCUCGCUAACGAUAGUCUGUAGACUUCAAAACCGCUGUUACACUCACAGAUGAAGAGGCCUUUCUGAAUUCAGAAACAGGAGUUCAUAGAAACUCGGCGGCACAUAAUAGCAAAUUGUGGCAUUGCGACAGACUGUUCUGCGCUGCACCUCUGUAUAUUCUCCGCUUCAAUGUAUUUAUUGAUUGUAAGACAAUACUGAAUGUUAUUCCAAACUGCAGCAAACGUAGGUUUCGCUCAGCCACGAAGAGUGCAGGAAAGAACUGUAUACCAGGCCAGCUAGCUGGCAAGCUAGCCAUCUUCAUGGUGAGGAAUAAAUUGAUUGAUAAAAUCUGAAUUGGACUGGCAGAAUGAACGGUACACAGCAAAAUGACACAAAAAGGCAGCAUCUACUCGAGAGGCUGUUGGAUGCGGUUAAACAGUGCCAAAUCCGCUUUGGGGGAAGAAAGGAGAUUGCCUCAGACUUAGACAGCAGGGUGAUCUGUUUGUGUGCGCAGUUCGAAGCCGUCCUCCAGCAUGGGCUGAGGAAGAGCCGGGGCCUGGCCCUCACCGCCGCUGCCCUCAAGCAGGCCGCCGGUUUCUCCAGCAAGGCUGAAGCAGAGCUCUCCUUCUGGUUCUACGUGAAGGAGCACUUGAACCGGCACGAGCUGCAGCGCUUCUACUCCCUGCGGCACAUCUCGUCAGAGCUGGGCCGCGGCCGGGCGUGGCUGCGCUGCGCGCUGAACGAACACUCCCUGGAGCGCUACCUGCACACGCUGCUGGCUGACCGCACACGCCUCGGUACAUUUUAUGAAGACUGGGCGUUCAUCCUGGAUGAAGAGCGAGCCAGUAUGUUACCCACUAUGGCUGCAGGACUGAACUCCAUCCUUUUCGCCAUCAACAUCGAUAACACGGACCUGAACGGACAGAACCGGACGGGGCCCUCAGUGUCCAACCUGCUGAAGGAGUCCACGCAGGGCGUGAGCAGCCUCUGGAAGGAGUCCACUCAGGGGGUCAGCACGCUCCUGCGGGAGAUCAGCACCGCCACCUCAGUGGUGCCGGGGUUCAGCCCCCGCCCUGACUGCCACUCCGAUCCACUGCCUGUGCUACCCCGCAGCACCUCUGCAGACUCCGGCUUGAGGAAAGAGCGGAGUCGGAGGAAAAAGAAAGUCACCAACAUCAUCUCCUUUGACGAUGAGGAGGAUGGGGGCGCAGAAGACGAAGAGGAGGACAUGGGACACAGUCUGCGGAAGUGCGGGGCCCCUCACGGGAGCUCAGAGGAGGCCCUGGAUCACCACUUUCCCUCGCACACGCAAAACGGCGUGCUGGAAACCGGCAUCGUCAGCUGGGGACGGGACCACGCCCAUAACGGGGCGCCCAUCGACUCCAAGAGCGUCGACAACGAAGAGGAGGACGAAGACGUGUACGGCAAGAGCCGGCCGGAGCCAGAGGAAGAGCAGGGCGGCACGGAACAGGUGGUGGUGGGGAGCUUGUCGAGCGUGUCCACCUGGAGCCCCCUGCAGAUGAUCAACGACAACGACAGCUCAGACCUCCUCAUCCCCCUGGCCUCCACAGACUCCUACUCCCAGACCGAGAACUCUGCGGAGCCCCUGGACCGAGGGGAAGCUGAGAGCAGCGGGGCUGCGACUGACCCCACGCAGACACAACCCCCACUGCAGUUCAAUAUGGAGCCCAGCCCCCCUGUCCAGAGUGCCCCCCUGAGCACCAUGCUGCCCACCCCAGGCCUCCCGGAGUCCAUGACCGUGGUUGAACUACGUCAGGCCAUAGUAGCCAUGAUGAACAGGAAAGAUGAGCUUGAGGAGCAGAACACGUCUCUGCGGGGCCUGUUGGACGGGGAGAUGGAACACUCGGCUGGGCUUCGGCAGGAAGUUGACGGUCUGAAGAAGCGUCUGGGCGAGCUGGAGGAGCGACACACGGCCAAAGUGCAGGCCCUCGCCAGGGAGAAUGAGGUGCUGAAAGUCCAGCUGAAGAAGUAUGUGGGUGCGGUGCAGAUGCUGAAGAGAGAGGGAGGCCAGAGCAACCACGCUCUUCCCCAGCUGAGAAACUGUGACGGCCCCCCUCUGGCCCCUCAGCCCAAGUCGGUGGGUGACGUGGAGGAGCUGGCCUCCAGCUACGAGCGUAAGCUGAUCGAGGUGGCCGAGAUGCACGGGGAGCUGAUCGAGUUUAAUGAACGACUCUACCGUUCGCUCAUGGCCAAGGACCACCUGAUCAGCCAGAUGAGGCAGGAGCUCAUCGACCUGCGGGGCCCAGUUCCAGGCGACUUGAGCCAGACUUCUGAUGACCCCAGUUUAUCGGAUUUCGAGACGGCUCACCGCGCCCUCAUCAACGUGUGGAUCCCCUCCGUCUUCCUCCGGGGCCGGGCGGCUAAUGCCUACCACGUUUACCAGGUGUACAUCAGGAUUCUGGAUAACGAGUGGAACGUGUACAGGCGCUACAGCGACUUCCGCACACUGCACGGCCGUCUGAGGUCACAGUUCCCCCAGGUGGACACCUUCAACUUCCCACCCAAGAAAGCCAUAGGAAACAAGGAUGCCAAGUUUGUGGAGGAGCGGCGUAAACAGCUUCAGUGUUAUCUGCGCGUCGUCAUGAACAAGCUGAUUCAGACCCUGCCCGAGUUCUCUGCCAGCCCGACCAAGGAAACCCUGCUGCAGCUUCUGCCUUUCUGCCAGGACGCCCCGCAGGCUAACGAAAGCGGAAGCAAACCCAGCCGCUCCAGAGUGUCCUCCAGGUUUCCCAAACUGGGCCGCAGCCAGAACCGGGAAUCGCGGAACCCCGAACCGCAGAGCGGGGACCUUUGACCUCUCGACCAUCGGGCCAGGAGUAGAGACGAGACCUGAGAUCCACCACGGACCCUGUUGCAGAGAGUUGGUGGAGCGAGGGAGAGGGGGAGGGCAGGAUGCUGCCCUAUUUCCUCAGUUGCUGAUGUAUGCCGUCGUCUGACUUUCAUGGAAGGAAAUCCAGCUCCCUUCUCAUUCCAGGAUGAUUGAAUGACCACAGAGAAAGACUAACAGGAUGUAGGACAGAAAUAGACGGAAGAUGGGUUUUACACAAUUUUAUUGAAUUUUGUGGAGAAAUGUUAUUAAUCAUUGUGCCUACAGCAGAUUUUUUUCAGGUUUUCUUUUUUGCUCAGACAAAAGAGGGCCUCACUCUUGCUGUGCUAAUUUUUUAAACUAAACUGAACUUUAUAUUGUGGUGCCAAAUGGAAACAGCCCCUAUCCAGUUCCCUGCAGGAAAACGGUGUCAAGAACUCGUCCUUUCAUUUCUGCAAAGCUGAGAUUGUUCAGGUCUGUUAGGCACAAAUGAUCAUGUAACUUUAUCUAAUGAAUUUAUCAAAAAAUGAUAGUCUGGCCUGGUGGGUCCUUAUCUGGAUCUUGCAGUUUCAAAAGUUGCGAUAGUGAUAUACUGUAGCAAGAAAAAAAAGUGAUACAUUUAUCGUGGAUGAAUGUUUUAUGGUGGAAAAAACUUGAAAAGGCUGCUUGGAGUCUGAAAUGCAUGUUAAGGAAAGUACUCCUCCUUGUGUGGUUUGUGUGCGGCACUGUGCACAAUGAGACAGCAGAGGGCUGAACAGACCCUGUGUUUAUGAAUCUACCUUGUUGAGUAAUAUGUACAGUAUAUAGCCGGGGAAGAGGACCAGUAAUCAUAGUUCGUGGUAUCAGCUGUGAUUGGACUGUAAAUGUUAGAGGCACUGUACUGGCAUCAAUAGGGGAAGCUGCUGGAAGUUGUUCAGAUUAAACAUUUGUGUGCUCAUUAUUUCUAAGGACAACCGUAAAGUCUUAAAGAAACACAUAAUAUAGUGCAUUAUGUUUACUAAUGGCAGUUUAGCACAUUGACACUUAACCUUAGAACACAAUCAUAAACAGUAGACAAUGAAAUCAUUACACAGACUGUUGUAACCUUAAAAUACAUGGUUCCUUAUCCAAAUAAUAGCUAUUCUCAUUAUACACAGAUACGUCUAUUUCCUGUCAGUAAAUAGCAAGUGUUUGUCUGUUCACCUAUCUGUACCUGCAUCCUUAAGGCAAAACUUCAGACAUUACCUGUAAUAACCGCACAUGUAAUCUUUAAUGUUGCCAUUUAAAUACCACUAAUGUGUUGACUUUCACUUGCAAUCCAGGGUGACCUGUAGCAAUUUAUUCUUAUCAGCUACUGCCUUCUGUUGGCUUCACAUGUAAUCACUGUCUGUAUUAGCAAUGCAGUUGGCCUUCAAAUGAAUACAAAAAUAAACAUGCAGUUGGAGAAAAA